ACAUGUUUCAUUUCAUUCUACAAUUACCAAUGAUAUUACUUCUCCAAUAGGUCAUACUACACCCGCGAUAUCUUUCCGCUUGACACUAAAGAGGCGGAUAAUUAAAACCUAUUUGGUGUUCUUAAUAUGAAUCCGCUCGGCGCGUACACACUUUCCUAUUUGAGCAGGACGUACCGCACAAUCGCAAACGGAUUGCACUUCCCGAUUUGGUGCGAUAAGGCGAAACUGAUUGGAGUUCAUCGCUGCAACCCUUUUUAUUUAAAGUAGCCCCUCUGUCCUAGUUGUUUGUGUUUCUUAUUGUUACCCAUCCAACAAAUCGUCUCGUGCUCACCUCAGCCAUGGAAAGAUUACAACAGAUUGCUUCUCAAACAACUUCUUCGGCAGCUCCUCCAGCCUUGCCAGCUCAUCCUUUGGACCCUCUUAGUCCACAAGAAAUCCAAGCGGUUUCCAACGUUGUUAAGGCCCAAUACUCUGGUAAGCUGAUUAUUUUCAACACCGUUACUCUCAGAGAACCGGUCAAGAAGGCCUACUACGACUGGAAGGAACACAAUGGUCCUUUACCUCCACGUCUUGCCUACUUUGUGGUGAUUGAAGAAGGUGUCACUGCCGUACAAGAAGGUGUGGUUGAUAUCCCAGCCGGUGCCUUGAUUGAAUUAAGAAAGACCGACUCGGUACAACCUAUCUUGACCCCAGCUGAUCUUCAACUUACUGAAGAUAUCAUCAGAGCUGACCCAGCAGUCAUUGAUCAAUGUGUUCAAUCCGGUGUUCCAAGAGAAGACAUGCACAAGAUCUACUGUGACGCUUGGACCAUUGGUUACGAUGAAAGAUGGGGUGCUUCCAGAAGACUUCAACAGGCUUUGAUCUACUGGAGAUCCGAUGAAGAUGAUUCUAACUACUCCCAUCCUUUGGAUUUCUGCCCAAUUGUCGACAUGAAUGCCGGUAAGGUGAUUUAUAUUGAUAUUCCAAACCGUAGAAGAAAGGUUUCCAAGCACAAGCACUCCAACUUCCAUCCUAUCCAUAUCAAGGACAAGUUCUCCACUGCCGAAAACCCAUCUGGUUUCAGAGAUGAUGACACUCCAAUCAAUAUCACUCAACCAGAAGGUGUUUCCUUUGCCAUGGAUGGUCAUGUGAUGAACUGGUCCAACUUUAAGUUCCACAUUGGGUUCAACUACAGAGAAGGGAUUGUUUUGAGUGACAUCACUUACAACGACCAUGGUAACGUCAGACCAAUCUUCCACAGAAUCUCUCUUUCGGAAAUGAUUGUUCCAUACGGUUGUCCAGAAUUCCCACACCAACGUAAGCAUGCGUUGGACAUUGGUGAAUAUGGUGCUGGUAACUGUACAAACCCUCUUUCUCUCGGCUGUGACUGUAAGGGUGUCAUCCACUACAUGGAUGCCCAUUUCCCAGACAAGGAAGGUGCCCCAACCACCGUCAAGAACGCCGUUUGUAUCCACGAAGAAGAUGAUGGAUUACUUUUCAAGCACUCUGACUUUAGAGAUGAUUUCCAAACCACCGUGGCCACCAGAGGUAAGAAGUUGAUCAUUUCUCAAAUCUUCACUGCUGCCAACUACGAAUACUGUUUGUAUUGGAUCUUGAGACAAGAUGGUACCAUCAAGUUGGAAGUUAGAUUAACCGGUAUCUUGAACACCUACAUUUGUGACGAAGAUGAAUCCACCGGUGUUUGGGGUACUCAAGUUUACCCACAAGUGAACGCCCACAACCAUCAACAUUUAUUCUCCUUGAGAAUCCACCCAAGAAUUGACGGUGACAACAACUCUGCCGCCACUUCUGACGCCAAGUCUUCUCCACAUCCUUUGGGAUCCCCAGAAAACAUGUACGGUAACGGAUUCUACUGUGAAAAGACCACUUUCAAGACUGUCAAGGACUCCAUCACCAACUUUGAGUCUGCCACCGCCAGAACUUGGGAUAUUUUCAACCCUAACUCCAUCAACAAGUACUCUGGUAAGCCAGCCUCUUACAAGUUGGUUUCCACCUUCUGUUCCCCACUCUUGGCCAAGGAAGGUUCUCUUGUCAGCAAGAGAGCCCCAUGGGCCUCAUCCCACACCCAGGUUGUUCCAUACAAGGACGAAGGUAACGGAUACGGUAGAUUGUACCCAUCCGGUGACCACGUUUGUCAAUGGAGUGGUGACGGUAUGAGAGGUAUGAGAAAGUGGGUUGGUGACGGUUCCGACAAGGUUGAAAACACCGACAUUUUGUUCUUCCACACUUUUGGUAUCACCCAUUUCCCAGCUCCAGAAGAUUUCCCAGUCAUGCCAACUGAAAUCUUUGAUCUUAUGUUGCGUCCAAGAAACUUCUUUAUUGAAAACCCAUGUCUUGACGUCAAGCCAUCGUUUGCCAGAACCACCAAGGAGGUCAAGGCCGGUGCCCAAGGUACCGACACUUGCUCGUUAAAGGUUGACAAGACCUCAAGAUUGGCCUUCAGUAACACUUCAGCUGCCGGUUCGUGCUGUAAGAAAUAA